AUGGGGAACUACCACAAUCGGAACCUUCAGGACGCUGGUGACCUCCUUUCGUUAUCUGCUCUUCAGGCAUCUCUACCGUUGCCUGGGCAAAGUGCGGCACCUGUGCCUCCAACAACGCAGGAAAAUGCUGGUUUUACUCACAACGAGCGCCCCACCGAGACGGCUUUGCAUAUUUCAGAUCUUCAGGUCGUUUCCACUACAACACCGGUGCCCGACUUCUCCACGGUCGUGCCGAGCAAUGAUCUGGAAGCGUUUUUGAACGAAAGUGGCAGCGAUUCCGAGGACGCAGCCCCGCCGAGUUACGCAGCGCCGUCGACAAAGCAAGGCAAGAGCAGCAGAAGAGCAGUGGUGGAGUCGAGCGACGACGACGAUGACGACCAGGACCGGUUUGCCAGCUACAGUAUCAGCAAGAAAAGCAGAUCUGAACGCAGGCGCCAGCAAAAGGAAGACCUCCGCCAGCUGAAUGCCGCGCUGGACAAAUCACCAGGUUGGGAUGGAGUGGAAAACGAGCCUUUCACUCCGUCGGCGACUGGCGUUGCAGCUUCGGACACGUCGUUCGGGACGUCGGACGUGAUGGAGGCCAUUCGAAAGGCACAGGAAGAGGCGAUGCGUAUGCUCCCGACCGCCUCCGCGCCCGCGGACGACGACGCCGAGUCCAGUUCGUCGAAGAAACGGCACAAGCACAACAAACACAAGAAGGAGCACAAGCACAAGAAGAGGGAGGGCGAGGACGGCCCCAAGGAGAAAUCGUCGAAGAAGAGCAGCCGCAAGUCCGGAUCGAGCUCGCGCUCGAAAAAGCGGCGUCCCCACGUCGAGGACGAUAUUGAGUGA